AUGCUACCUACUGAGACAGCCUCGCCUAUGGACACAAGUAUAAGUCCAUUUCCAGAAACAACGAAAACACCACUAAUGUAUGAAUGCAAGCAUUCUGAUAUUUUGUGUCGGAUGCAGUAUUCUAAUAAACUUCCUGACAUUCCGUUUGAUUUAAAAUUUCUGAUUAUUCCAUUUAAAUCUACAAGAUUCUCCGAGUAUACUCCAUCGUCAUUAGAAAGAAAUCAUAAACAUGAAUUUCUUACGGAUUACGAUAUGGGAGUAGACGUUGAUUUAGUAGACAUUGAAAAGUAUGCAAGUACCGAAACGGAAACUUCAUUGCAUCCUGACGAUGAAAAGCUCCUUGAAGAUGAUUGUUUUACACUACCUGUUUCAAAAAGAUCAAAAAUGUAUUCUACAAAAGUAGUAUGGCUUCGUAGUACUGAGUACAUAUCACCAGGAAACACUAGACUCCAGCCGCAAGUAUUUGAAAAAAUAGAAGCUCAAGUUGGCGGUAAAGGUAUUAAAAAGCUUAUCGCUGAAGGGAUCCAUUAUUUAGAUCAUGACCAGCAGUUGAAAGCCAUUGAUAAAACAUUUGCAGAUAACAAGAUACCCAUUGAGAAACACCACAACAAGCCCAAUGUCUAUCCUGUUGAAGUGUUGCCUGUUUUUCCAGACUUUCAACUCUGGAAGCAUCCUUGUGCUCAGGUUAUAUUCGAUAUAGAUCCUUCACCCGCUGGGUACUCACAACCUCAGCAGCUUCAAUUGAUGUCACAGGCAAUGUUGCGGGGAGUAAUGGACGAGAACGAAGAGCAGUUUGUUGCUUAUUUUUUGCCGAGUGACGAAACUCUUGAGAAACGUAAAAAAGACAUAGAGGCGGGUGUUGAUUAUCAAGACGACGAGAGUUAUGAAUAUAAAAUGUUUAGAGAGUACAAUUGGAACGUUAAAUCCAAAUCGACUGAGGGCUACGAGGAAAAUUAUUUUAUGGUUUUGCGGGACGACGGGUUGUAUUACAAUGAACUGGAGACAAAAGUUCGUUUGAGCAAGAGAACAAAAGGUGGUGGCUUGAUGAAUCGUACCAAGCUGAUUGUCAAGCAUCGUCCCUUAAAUGGUCAUGAGUUAAAUGUUCAAAAAUCUCGUACUAACCAUUUCAAGUCUUUAGUUACUGAUAAUAAUGAAGGUGAUGAGGGAAUUGAUGUCAGCGACGAAGAAGAAGAAGAAGAAGAAGAAGAAGAGAAAGAAGGAGCUGGACAAAAUGGAGAGGAAAAUAGUUUUGGCUCCAGAAAUUUAAGAUCAAGGUCUAGAUCUUUGAGCUCUAACAGAAGUACGGAUGUAAACUCGCAGGAUGAAUCUCAUAGAUCAAUUAAAAGUGAACAAAAUUCUCAUUCAAUUGAAAUUAUUGCUGAUCGCAAUGCUGAGUGUACUGAUCAGGAUACUGAAGCUGAGUCUGAUUAA